UCGAAUGAAGCGUCAUCUUUCCGCUGUAGAGCGGUGCGGCGGCCUUUUACUGCUGCAGCUCUGCAAACUCACUGCUUUUAUUCCAGUCUCUCUUACUAUUUCUUCAUUUAAAUAUCAACAAUGAAUCUACAAAUUUUUUGUACGUGCCUUUUGCUUGCACUGAGUGGAGUCUCAGCGGGUGGAUUGGUGAAUGAAGAGGUGAAGAGGACAGUGGACUUGAGCACUCAUUUGGCUAAGAUCACUACGGAGAUCCUGCUGUCCAACCAGGGACACUCUGCAGUUCAGAGCUUUAUUCUGUCAGUGGAACCCGACUUGGCACCACACCUCGCAUACAUAGGAGCCUCGGUAAAAGGAGAUGAAGAGGAUGAUGGCUUACUGGAAAUUCAGCAAAGUGAUAUACAUGGCCACAGCGGGGAUUUCUACAAAGUGCACCUCUCAUCCAGCCUAUCUCCUGGAUCUCAGCUGAAAGUGAAGGUGGAGAUGACCUUCAGUCAUGUCCUGAAGCCUUUCCCCACACACAUCACACAGGCUGAAAGGCAGCUGGUGGUUUUCCAGGGAAACCAUUAUCUGUAUUCUCCAUACCUCACUCGCUCCCAGACUACUCGUGUCCGUCUAGCCUCCAAGAAUGUGGAGAGUUACACCAAGUUGGGAAAUCCCAACAAAAAUGAUGAGAUAAUUGAAUAUGGGCCUUUCCGAGAUGUUCCUCCAUAUAGUGAGGACACAAUGAAGAUCCAUUAUGAAAACAAUACACCUUUCCUCACUAUCAGUAGCCUGACUCGCACCAUUGAAGUAUCUCACUGGGGGAACAUUGCUGUGGAGGAGACUAUUGACCUGAGGCACACGGGUGCAGUUCUCAAGGGGGCAUUUUCUCGUUAUGAUUACCAGCGUCAGUCAGACAGUGGGAUCUCCUCUGUUAAAUCCUUCAAGACCAUCCUUCCAGCUUCAGCCCAAGAUGUGUAUUACAGAGAUGAAAUUGGAAACAUCUCCACCUCCCAUCUGCAAGUGUUAGAUGAUUCUGUUGAAGUGGAGGUUAGGCCUCGCUUCCCUCUCUUUGGAGGAUGGAAAACUCACUAUGUCAUUGGUUACAAUCUCCCAAGUUACGAAUACCUUUACACUCUUGGUGACCAGUAUGCUCUAAAGAUGAGAUUGGUUGACCAUGUAUAUGAUGAUCAGGUUAUUGAUUCGCUCACAGUAAAAAUAAUUUUGCCAGAGGGUGCCAGAAACAUCCACAUGGAUACACCUUACAAGAUUGAUCGUCUGCCAAAUCAGCUUCAUUACACUUACUUGGACACGUUUGGACGUCCAGUUUUGGUAGCUACCAAGGAUAACCUGGUGGAACAUCAUAUUCAGGAUGUGGUGAUUCAUUACAACUUCAAUAAGAUCCUAAUGCUACAGGAACCAUUGCUUGUAGUUGGGGCCUUCUACAUUCUUUUCUUUACAGUCAUUAUUUAUGUACGCCUUGACUUUGCCAUCACUAAGGAUCCCGCUGCAGAGGUGCGCAUGAAGGUAGCCUCAAUCACUGAGCAAGUGCUGACCCUGGUCAACAAGCGUCUUGGUCUGUAUCGGCAUAUGGAUGAGGUGGUGAACCGCUACAAGCAGUCACGAGACACUGGUGCGCUCAACAGUGGACGGAAAACCCUAGAAGCUGACCACCGCACUUUGACCAAUGACAUCAGCUCUUUGCAGGCUCGACUCAAAGCUGAGGGCUCCGACCUGGCUGAGAAGGUUGGAGAAGUGCAGAAAUUGGAUGGCCAGGUGAAGGAGCUGGUGUGCCGCUCAUGCCAGGAAGCUGAGAGGCUGGUUGCUGGUAAAGUGAAGAAGGAAGCCUAUAUCGAGAGUGAAAAGAACCUGAGCAGUAAGAGGCAGGAGCUUGUGGGUCGCAUUGACAGCCUGCUGGAUGCACUUUAAAGUGCUCCACUAUCACAUGGCAUCCAUUUACCCAAAUAAUACGAAAAAUGUGUCAAGUACAUUUUAAAUAAGGACAUUUCCAUCCAGUUUCAAGGUUUUCCAACAAGUUUUGUGUCUAACUUCACUGUGUUUGCUUUCUUAUAGCAGCUCUAAAAUAUUCUGGCUACAUGUCUGUCCUUGCAUUAGCACCAGUCACGGUUAUUUUCAUCUUGACAUGUGAACCAUUUUUUUUCCCACUUGGAGGGUUGGGGGAUUGAUUGUAAUUACUGAAGGUUCAUGUGAAGCCCUAUGUCUUUUCUCACAUCACCUAGUCUAUAACAAUGUCAAUAUAAUAAAUGUGACUUAUUUGGCACUUAGUGUUCUUCUAUGCAUCUGAUGUAUACAUGUUCAAGAUUUUGAUGCCCCGGAUCUAUUGCAUUUUCUGUUUUAUGUUAGUUUUUUUCUAUUUUUAUAUCAUUUACUUGUUUUGUACCUCUUAUGACAAUGAGAUUAGUGGACAAACUGAGAUUGGUGUAAAACUGAAAAUGGGUUGUUUGUGAGAAAAUACAUGGGCCAAUAUUGCAGUCUUGUUUUUGGCAUGAGAAUUUUGAAAUAAACUUUUUGAAAAAAAAUGUA